CCCGGUCACAACGUAGGGAAGUUGCUCACGGUUUUUCCGCGUUGCCAUGGGGUUUUGUAAAACCUAUUGACUGCGAUAGGGUCCCUUCUUUUCUUCGAGUCUGUCUUUGUGGAGGAGGAGGAAGAAACCGCUAUUACUUUUUCUUUCCAGAGGCGGGUCGGGGGGGAGCGAUAGAAGCAUCCAGGGGAGGAGGGAGGUGCUCCGGCUCAGACCAACUGCGAGGCACCGCGGCGUUACGUUAACAGUUAAACCUGCUUCUGCUCUCCUCUUCCAGCGGUGGGGACAAAUUCAACUUUCUCAGCGGCUGUCACGACAUGAGUUGCACCUGAAGGUACCGCAUCUUUGGCGCACCAGAGAAAUGAACUGAGGACUGAGUAGGAGAGAGCACUCGUUUCCUGAGGACGUCCACCAUUUAAGGAGAAACCAUGAGGUUGCAGAGGAGCCCGGGACUGGUCACCGUGCUGGGCUUGAUCGCCUGUGUUUGUGCCUUUCAUACGACUGCAGCCAUCAACAUCCCUCUGGAGAUUUUAGGUCAUGUAAACAUUGAGCAGCUGCCCGACAUCACAGCUCAGUCACCCAGCUCUCUCAUCGCUUUCCCUUUUGAUGAGAGCUUCCCCAUGACGUGUGAAGCCAAAGGGAAUCCCGAGCCAGAAUUCAGAUGGACGAAGAAUGGCCAGGAAUUCGACCCCUCUCUGGACCCCCGUCUGAUGAAAGAGGAGAAUUCGGGGACUUUUGUGAUACCUAAUAAUGGGAACCUCACAGAGUACCAGGGAACCUAUCGCUGUUACGCCUCAAACAAACUUGGGACCGCCAUAUCGAAGGAGAUUGAGUUCAUUGUGCCCCAUGUUCCGAAGUUUCCUAAAGAAACGCUCGAUCCUGUUGUGGUGGAGGAAGGCCAACCCUUUGUUUUAGAAUGUAAUCCACCUAAAGGAAUACCUCCACUGCAGAUCUACUGGAUGACUAUCAAUCUUCAGCACAUAGAACAGGAUGAGAGGGUGUCUAUGGGCCUGAACGGAGACCUGUACUUCUCUCAUGCUGUGGAGAAGGACAGCAGGAGAGACUAUUGCUGCUUUGCCGCCUUCCCGCGAAUACGAACCAUCGUUCAGAAGACCGCCAUGUCUGUUGUUGUGAAGACAAAAAAAAGUGACACGAAUCCUGACACUGCCAAUGCAAUCCUUGAGAGAAGACCUUCUCUUCUGACGCCCUCUGGUGGCGCAUCAGCGACACAGCUGGUCAAAGGGGAGGAUUUGAAAUUGGAAUGUAUUGCUGAGGGAUUUCCAACUCCACAGGUUGAGUGGGUGAAGAUUGGUCAUCAACUCCCAGUUAAAGCAAAACUGGAGAAUCAUGGGAAACUGCUGAUUGUUCCCAAAGUUGAACUGGAGGACAGCGGGAAGUACAUGUGCAAGGCAAAGAACGUACUUGGGCAAGUUGUCCAUUACUUCACCGUGACAGUAGAAGAGCCUCCAGAGUGGGUGGUUGAGCCUGAGAGUCAGCUCAGUAUGAUUGGCUCGGACGUGCUCAUCAAGUGCUCUGCCACUGGGACUCCUCGGCCGACUAUAACGUGGAGGGUGAACGGUGAACCUCUGCAGGGUGCUCCUGCAGCCAACAGGAAGGUGUUCGAUGACACAAUCGUUUUACGUAACGCCAAAGAAUCUGACAGUGCAGUCUAUCAGUGUGAGGCCUCCAACAAACAUGGAACCCUUCUGUCAAACGCAAACAUCAUGAUUAUGAAUCUGCCCCCUAUGAUACUGACCAAGGAUGGGGAGGAUUACUCUGCUGUGGAGGGGAAGGGAGUGGUGAUGCACUGCACUGUCUUCAGCUCUCCUCCUUCUACAAUCACUUGGAGCAAAGACGACUCCUCUGAAUCUGUGGAGGGACCGAGGUUUGCAGUUCACGACAAUGGUUCACUGGAGAUCUAUAGCUUGGAGAAGGAUGACACGGGACAGUACACGUGUUUAGUUAAAAACACAGAGGGAACGUCCGCCAUUGAUGCCAUGCUCUAUGUGAAAGAUCCCACUAGAAUAGUCGUGGCCCAGGAGGACCUGCAGAUCUUAAUAGGUACCACGGCCCAGCUCUCAUGCCUCGCAGAGUACGACAAGUCCUUCAGCAACGACUUUGAGCUCCUGUGGGAAAAAGAUGAUAUGGAGAUAUCCCUCAACUACACUGAGAAUUCAAGAUACUUUGUGGAGGAUGGUAUUCUACAGAUUAUCAAUGUAAGCCACAGUGACCAGGGUGUGUACACGUGUGUGGCAAGAACACCAGUCGACCAAGACUCGGCUUCCGCUCUGCUCAUGGUGUUAGAUGUCCCUGAUGCUCCUGAGUACUUGGUACUGUCUGAACACAAGAGCAAAAGUGUGAAACUGAAAUGGAUCCCCGGGGACAACCACAACAGCUCCACCACAGAGUUUAUUAUUGAGUACGAGGAAAGCCAGUGGGAGCCAGGAAACUGGAAGGAGCUGCUCCGAGUACCCGGGAACCACAACUCUGCCGUGCUCAAACUCCACGGCCACAUCGACUACAGCUUCCGAGUGUCUGGUGUUAACGCCGUAGGAAGGGGUCCUCCCAGCGAGCCCACAGAGAGAUACAAAACCCAGCCAUCAGCUCCUGACAAGAACCCUGAAAAUAUCAAAAUCGAAGGUCAUUUACCACAUGAAAUGAAUAUCAACUGGGAGCCCUUGUUACCCAUUGAGCACAAUGGCCCUGGUUUGGAGUAUAAGGUGAGUUACAGGAGGCAGGAUGUGGAGGAGGAAUGGAAGGAGUACAUGGUGAAGAGACACUCGUUUGUGUUGAAGAACACUCCCACAUUUGUGCCUUACGAGAUCAAGAUCCAAGCCAGGAACCAUCAGGGCUGGGGCCCAGAGCCCAAGAUAGUGAGCGGCUACUCAGGAGAGGACUUUCCCUCUGCUGCACCUGAGGAUGUAGCUGUGGAGGUGAUGAACAGCUCAGUGGUCAAGGUUAGCUGGACGCGUGUACACAAGGACAAGUUACAUGGACAUCUGGGAGGCUACAGGGUAAGCUGGUGGCGUCUGCGCAGUCUGGUGGACGCAAAGAAAAGCCACGGAGACAAACAUACCCUAACGUUCCCCGGGGACCGCAACCACGCCACAGUACCAGGACUGACGCCGUUCUCUGAGUACAGCCUCAUCGUCAUGACCUUCAAUGGGCAGGGCAACGGCCCCGGCAGCCAUCCCCUCAACUUCAAAACCCCAGAGGGAGUCCCUGAGAAAAAUCCUGUUUUCAGGGUCAAAGAUGUACAGAGGCACACUGUCUCUCUGGUCUGGGCCCCGCCACUGGAGCCUAAUGGGAUUCUCACCGGGUACCUCCUGGAGUAUCAGCUCAUCAACGACACAGAGGAAGUGGGGCCCCUGCAGACAGUAGACAUCAGCAACCCAGACACCACCAAAUGGAUCCUGCGUGACUUGGAGCCUUUGAGCAAAUACAAGUUCUACCUGCGCUCCUGCACCACGGUGGGCUGCGGGCCCAUCGUCAGCGAGGAGUGCACCACUACCCUAGAAACAACUUCCACUUUGGCUCCCACUUUUGGCCUCAGCAAGUCAGCUUCCCCCUCACCUCCAAGCACUCCAAAGUCCCCAGUGACCAAACCCACUCGUUCCACCAUAGUCCCUGCCAUCUUGAAUGUUAGCUCAGCUGUUAGUGACAGCUUCGCAAAUAUCAGCUGGAUAUCUGGAGGAGAGCACACAGAGUUUUACAUUGCAUACAUGAACAACCGUGAGGGUCUCUGGAAGAUAUCAGAGGCCUUAAACACCUCUAAGACUUACCACAUCAUUGACGGGCUCGACCCUGGGACUGAGUACACUGUGCGCCUCAUUCCAAACAGCUGGCUUGAUAAUUCUAGUUUAUUUGAAGAUGUUAUCACGACCGGGUUUACAGGUCUGGCCAGCGUCCACGGAGGAAUAUCCACCCAGGGCUGGUUUAUCGGCCUGAUGUGUGCCAUCGCUCUCCUCACACUCACUGUGUUGAUCGCCUGCUUUGUCAACAGAAAUAAAGGAGGGAAGUACUCCGUAAAAGAAAAAGAGGACCUCCACCCAGACGUGGAAUCCCAGGGCAUGAAUGACGACACAUUUUGUGAAUACAGUGACAACGACGAGAAGCCGCUGAAGGGCAGCCAACACUCGCUGAGCAGAGAGAUCAAAGCAGGGGACAGCGGGGACAGCCUGGUGGACUACGGCGACGAGGACGCUCAGUUCAACGAGGACGGCUCCUUUAUCGGCGAGUAUGCGGGGCGAAAGGAGAAAAGGGUGUCUGCUGAGAUCAAAGCCACCAUUCAGACCCCGGCAUGAGGAGCGGAACGGCCAUCCAUCCUCUCCCGGACAACGUUUUCAUUAAACCUGCUGCGAGGAACAAAUGAAAAAGGAAACAGACAUUAUCCAUACCGAGCACAAGUUUUGUGUCAAUUGUAAUGCGUCAUUGCCAACUGCACACUGCCACCCACAUUUUAUAAAGCUCUGUUUUGUCAAGUUGCAACAGGAUGACCAUUACUAAAUACUGUGUAUAUAUAGUGUAUAUUGUAUGUGCGAAGUGUCUUUUUUUAUAAUUAUUAUUACACAAAAAAUGUAGAGGGCUUGGAUUUUCUUUUUAUUAUCUCCAUUACUUCAGCUGCAGUGCUGUUUGUACAAAUGUUAGGACAUUUCACUCUCCAUUGCACAUCAUUAUAUGCAGCUUUGCCUCUGAUGUCAUCUUGUAGUAGACCACAGAUACAGUAAGUGGGGAUAUCAAGUUGAUAUUUUUCAAUUGGAGCAUAUAUUACUGACCUUUUAUAUUUGAAAUUGAUUCAUUAAAUAUGAUGUAAGAUGUGUAUAAAGGUUGCCUAUUAACUUAUUUUUUUGCCAGUGGUUUUAUACCUGACGAAGUAACAAGGACGUUUACAUAUCAGAAAUAAUGAUUCUUGAGUCACGAAGCUCCCUGUGAUCUUAGAGGAAAAUAAAAUGUAGUUAUUAUGUCUUGUUUAGUAUUUUCAUCCAUUGGACACUAUAAAUUACAGAUCUUGGUCUGUGCUUACUAUAACAGCUCCAUAAACUGCCGUAUCAGAUCUGAAGGAGAUUUUCAAACAAGUUAUCCAUUAAAAUUUGCUAUAUAUUUCAUUCUUUAGAAAUUGUUGUGUAAACCAGUUAUUCACCCUUUUUUAGAACUUGUAUUAAAACUACAACUACACAGUUGAAUCCAGUUUAUAGACAACAUAUAUUACAAUGCAAGCCUUUGCCACAAGCUGGUAUUGUAAAUGUAGUUCAGAGGAAUAGUUUGACAUAUUGGGAAAUAUGCAUAUUUGCUUUCUUGGUGACAGAUGAGGCAAUUUAUACCAGUCUCAUGUUUGUAUGGUAAAUAUGAAGCUAUAGCUGGCAGCCAGUUAGCUUAGCUUAGCAUAAAGACAUGCAAACCUUCUUCAACCUUUGGGACUUUGGGAAAAAAAAAAUGAAGCUAUCAUGGAGGUGUCAAAAACUGCAGUUCCUUGAAUGGCCACUUGAGGCUGGCAUGAGAAAUUCCCAUAGACAGCCAUGAUUAAAAAGCCCAGUUUAACAGCAAAAAUCAACAUGUUUACAGCCCCGUACAAAAAACGAUUUUGGACUCUAUAGCUGACUUCCUGUUCAUGACAACUGUACGUAGUGUGGAUUUUUAUAUAACUCACCCAUUUACAUUUUAUUAAAGUUACCCACAAUUAAGAGUGUGGUUACUGUGAGUGACAGGCAUCUGCAGAUAGUGUCCUCAGGUUCUCAGUCAGAUCCAGCCCUCGCCCCUCAGUGGCUCCACCCUCUCCCCUAAAUAUGGUUUCUUCUGACUCAAAAAAUCCAAGAUGGCCACGGCCAAAAUGCAAGGCUUCAAAACGGGAGUCCACAAAUCAGUGGGUGAUGAAAUGGUAGCUACGUCCGUUCUUUUAUACAGUCUAUGCUGGAAAUGGUGGUCCCAAUGCUACGGCUAGCAGCCAGUUAGCUUAGCUUAGCAUGAAGACUGGAAACGAUAGUCCCAAAGGUAAUUAAAUCUGUCAAAAUCGUUAGCAUAAUAAGCGUAAUAAUAAUAUAUUUCCCAUAACAUGAAACUGUUCCUUUAAAGCAGCCUUCCAGGGAUUUAGUGUCUUUUGCUAAAACAUAUUUUAAAAAAAAAUGUGAAAAAUGGAAGCAGUCCAGAAAUCCUACACUUCCCAUAUAUCUUUCUCUCAUUAGAAAGGCACUUCUGAAUAACACCCUUUUGUCAAAGACCUUUACUUUGUCUCUUCAAAAUAGUUUUGAUUGUAAAAAAAAAAUAAAAUAAAAUAAAAUAAAUUGUACUCUAACAGCAACACAGUAAUUUGCUAUCUCAAAGUCUAAGCUGAGAUAACCCUGGUGACAUCACUAUGAUGUCAUCAGUUAUUUUUUCAGACCUGGCAAAGCAUCUCCAGAACCACAGAACAUUAUCCAACUCUACUGAGUACUACUCCCCAUGAUCAGUGAACUGAUUUUCAUGUGUGAACUGUAUUGGGCUCUUUAAGAAGAAAGUGCACAGUACCUGUAAUAGAUUAUAUAUAUAUAUGUGACAUCUUCCCACCCUGCUGAGAUACGGACACUGUAGUCACUGUUACAUCAAUCUUAACAAGCCUUACUGUGUUACUUUCAAUAUACUGUCAUUCAGACCACAGUUAUUAUGUUAACUUUAGCACCAUGAUCAGAAGAAUUGCAAUGUUUUGUAAAAAUUCAGCCAUUGCAUGUUAAGAAUGUUAAUUGGUGUUUUUUGAUGUCAUUAAAUUGCUUUACUUUCUUAAA